GAGACAUGAGGGAGGGAGGAAAGCAAUUGAGAGAUGUCUCAAAGCAUAGUUCAUCUCUUCUCUCAAUUUCCCUCCAUCUUUGACAUCAAACACCAACUUCCAACUGUCAUACUUCAUCUUCCCAAAACUAAAGGCCUUCUACUCUCCUCCAUUGCUCCUCUUGCUCUUGCCAUUGUUCUUAACUCACCUUCACCUUCUCUAGCUCUUCCUCCUACUACUCCCUUCACUCAAUCUCAAGCUUUGGAGAUUGGACUAGACAAUGGAAAAAUCAGGCCUUGUCCUUCUGUAAAUCCUGGAUGUGUCUCUUCCAAUCCGAAAUCCUCGUCUUUCUCUUUUCCAUGGAUCAUACCUGAGAAUUCUGAUGAAAAUGCCACUCAGAAACUAAGAGAUGCAAUACUUAAAACUCAGAGGAAUGUAGAGUUUCAGGUUGAUCAAGAAACUCCAGAUGGUCAUUACUUGCAAGCAGAGGUUGAUGGUGGAUUUGGAAGAGAUGUAAUGGAGUUCUUGGUGAAGAGAGAUGUAGUUGCAUACCGAUCAAUGGCCACAAAAGUCACUUAUGUUUACCCAUUUACGACGGCAUUCGGUGACUCGAAAGGCCAGAAUGAAAGAUUGAAUAAAAUUAAGGAAGAGUUAGGCUGGCAUCAAGGGAAGCUCAGUGCCUUCCUGAGCAACAGGUGGCUGGUCUUUGUCGCUGCGACGUGGGUGCAAUCCUGCGCUGGAAUUGGGUAUCUCUUUGGGAGCAUUUCCCCAGUGAUCAAGUACUCAUUGGGCUAUAACCAGCGCCAGAUUGCCCGCCUUGGUGUUGCCAAGGACUUGGGAGAUUGUGUUGGUUUCUUGGCUGGGGCUCUCUGUGAGAUUCUGCCACUCUGGGCGGCGUUGCUCGUCGGUGCUCUCCAGAACCUUGUUGGUUAUGGCUGGGUAUGGCUCAUUGUCACCGAGAGAGCACCAGCAUUGCCUCUCUGGGGGAUGUGCAUUCUUAUCUUUUUUGGGACUAAUGGUGAGACGUACUUCAACACAGCUGCAUUGGUUUCAUGUGUACAGAAUUUCCCCAAGAGUAGGGGUCCAAUUGUUGGGAUAUUAAAAGGGUUUGCUGGAUUAAGUGGUGCUAUAUUGACUCAGAUAUAUGCUAUGAUGAACUCUCCUGAUCACGCUGCUCUCAUCUUCAUGGUUGCUGUUGGACCUUCAAUGGUGGUUAUUUCUUUAAUGUUCAUUGUUAGACCUGUCGGAGGCCACAGACAAGUGCGAUCCACCGAUAAAUCUAGCUUCAUGUUUAUUUAUAGUGUCUGCUUGCUUCUUGCGUCGUACUUGAUGGGAGUCAUGCUUCUUGAAGAUCUAGUGGAGUUGAACCAGGUUGUGAUUAUUUUGUUCACAACUGUGCUAGUGCUUCUUCUGGUAGUUCCAAUUUUAAUACCUUUGAUGUUAACAUUUUAUUUCGAUGCCACAUCUCCAAUUCAAGAGUGUCUCUUGCCAGAACCUGAGAAAGAAGAACUGAAUAAAUCUUCAGAGAAUGCUGUACAUAAUGAAGUUAUCCUUAGUGAAGUAGAAGACGAGAAGCCGAAGGAUGUUGAUUUGCUUCCUGAAGUAGAAAGGCAGAAGCAGAUUGCACAACUGCAAGCAAAAUUAUUCCAAGCUGCAGCUGUCGGAGCUGUGCGUGUCAAGCGGAGGAAAGGCCCACGCAGAGGCGAGGAUUUCACACUGAUGCAAGCAUUAAUAAAGGCAGACUUCUGGCUUAUUUUUGUGUCUCUAUUGUUAGGAGCAGGUUCUGGCUUGACGGUCAUUGACAAUCUCGGCCAGAUGAGUCAGUCUUUGGGUUAUGAUGAUACACAUAUUUUUGUAUCAAUGAUCAGCAUUUGGAACUUUCUUGGGCGCAUUGCUGGAGGCUAUUUUUCUGAGAUAGUCGUGAGGGACCAUGCUUACCCGAGGCCUGUGGCUAUGGCUGUUGCUCAGGUUGUUAUGGCAGUUGGGCACCUCUUCUUCGCUAUGGGUUGGCCGGGAACAAUGUACAUUGGCACUUUGCUCAUUGGUCUCGGAUUUGGAGCUCAUUGGGCAAUUGUUCCUGCCGCCGCCUCUGAGUUGUUUGGCUUGAAAAACUUUGGCACUCUGUAUAAUUUCCUCACUGUUGCUAAUCCCGCCGGCUCAUUAAUCUUCUCAGGUCUCAUUGCCAGUGUGAUAUAUGAUCAUGAAGCAGAAAAACAAUCUCGCAUGCAUUACAGUGCAACAUCUUUGGCCCGGAGAUUACUCUAUGACACUCAGCCUUAUCUCGAUGAACCGUUAACAUGUGAGGGCGCUAUUUGCUUUUACCUCACUUCCUUGAUAAUGUCAGGAUUGUGCAUAAUGGCAGUUAUCCUUAGCAUGAUUCUUGUUCAUAGAACUAAAAUCGUCUAUGCACACCUAUACGGCAAAGCUCAUACAUAAUGUUUGUUAUCUUCAUCAUAUCUUUUGUUCAUAGGAAUACAAAGUGAUAGUAGAAACUCAUCUGGAAAAUAAGAGAAAAAUCAAGUACCAUAUAGAUAUUUUAUUUAUACAUAUAUAUUUGUUCUGUAAAAAGGAAAGAAUUCUUGUUCAUCUCCUCUGAAGUUAUUUACAGAAUAGAGGAUUGAUUGGCUUCUCGUUGUGCUUGUUCAUACUGUAAUUAAACUCUGGCAUUCUAUCAUGUUAUU